AUGUUAUUUUCCAUUCUAUAUUACAUUGCAGUAUGUGCUGCUAUAGGAUUUACUGGUGAAAUUGUUAAUGUUCCAUCAUCAAUUAAUGAAUUGUAUCAUCAUAAAUCUAAAUCCAUUCCCAAUGGUAAUAAUUAUCAAUCAAGAAUAAAAUUAGAUUUAUAUAAAUUGAAUGACAAGUUUAAUAAGAUUGAUUUCAGUUCGAAAUCAGCUACAUUAGACCGAAAUUAUAAAUUCAAAUUUAACGAUUUAUUACCAGGUGAAUACGAACUAAUAAUAAAUUCAUAUGAUUUCGUUAUCGAGCCAUAUCAAUACAAGAUUAAUAUUACAGAUGAUGAAUCAAUAGUAGCAUUUAAACAUGAAUUUGGUAUAACAAAUGAAACUUCAAUUCAAAGUAUAAUCAAUAGUCCAUUACUUUUUCAAUUCACUGAUUUUAAACAAUUUUAUGAAAAAUCAUCAAAUUCAGUCUAUGAUAUGUUAUUAAAUAGUCCGUUUGGAUUUAUAUUCAGAAAUAGAGUCUAUACAAUGAUCUUCACUGUUUGCUUAGGUAUUAUGAUUACACCAUAUAUUUUACAAUGGGUCAAUCCCGAAUUUGCUGAACAAUUGAAAGAAAUACAAGUCCAAGAAGCUCACAGUAGAUUAGGUGAAAAAGUUGUACAACCAGAUGCUGAAUCAAUACCAAUUAGAAAUCCACAAAAUAAACUUAAAAAAAGAAGGUCGUAA